CUCGGCUUUUUUUGCUGGGCCCCGUGGACAAACAGUCCUAUGAGCACUUGAAAGCCCGGAAGCUCCUGCCGGACAUCCCACGCGCGCUUGAGUUCAUGAACGCAGAGCGGUGCGUUGACCCAGACUUGUCGCACAUUCUCGAGACCACGCGCGCGAAGGGCGGCAAACUGAUCAG